AUGACCAAGACUGUUGAUGAAGCUAAGGUUCUUAUUGAGAAUCUUGCAGCUAGUGAUUGUAACAACUGUCCUGAUUAUGACCGCUCAAGCCGCACCACUACUAGCUCCCCUGAUUCUUUUCAAAUGACUGAACUCAAGAACAUGAUGGCUCAAGUUCUUAAGGGACAGCUCAAGCAUAUCAAUGCAAUAGAAGGGAUGAGUGAUGCUAAUGAAGACCCAUCAAGAGAAUGCAUGGGAGAUUUCUCUAAUGAAGCCAAUGAAGAAGAUGUGAACUACAUUGGAAACUAUGGGAACAAGGGAUACAAUCCAAGCUAUCGCCCAAACCCCAACAUGUCUUAUAGAAACCCCAAUGUGGAGAAUCCUCAAGACCAAGUGUAUCCUCCAAGGUAUCCACAACAACAAAGACCUCCUUACCAAUCUCAAGGAAGUCAAUUUCAGCCAAGGCAAGGUAUGAGCAGAGAUCAUCAUAUCCGCCCAAGGAGCCAUAUGCUUCUUCACCAAAUCAAGCUCCUCCAAACCAACAAGGUGGAAGAUUUGAAGGAAUCCUCCAACAGAUCAUGGAUGGCCAGAAGAGAACACAAAGAGAUGUAUGAGAAGAUGGACACUUUGUUCAGCAAUCUCAACACCAAGUAUGAUGCUGUUGCCACUCAUGUGAAGAAACUAGAGACUCAAGUCACCAAACUAUGGAAGCUGUUAAGAGACAGGAAGCUGAAUCCAAGAAGUCCUUUUGCAACUCAGCCGCCAUAG